AUGGCCCGCUUCACAGCCACCACCAAAAAAAUCUCAACUUCCCAAGCAACUGAAACUGAGCUACAGCGCAAAGCAACGGAGGGCAGCGCAACCAAGACUAAAGGCGAUCGAGCAAACACCAAUUUUCACGAAGGACUCGUCACCGUCGUUUUGAUCGGAUGCGAUAACGCAAUGUGCGACUAG